AAUUUGAGGUGUGGCAUCACGAAUAUCAAUUCUAAUAGCCUCAUAACAUGGAAUGAGUAGUAUAUUUAGCAAAACAAAGUUGUAUAUUUACCAUAUUUCAAACUUUAAGGGUCCAUUUGUAAUUGUCAAGAACUUCGGGGUGCAGAAAGUGGAAGUGCAUAGCUUUCCAAGAAGAGGCGAGUCCAGAGGAUCUUCUUGGAGACAGCAAUGGAGUCGAGCAAGAAAUCGGACAAUAACAGAGGCAAGAAGAUGACCAGGAAAGAGGUAUUGGAAAAGAAGAAGAAAGUACAAGAGAUAAUCAAAGCUGCUGUUUCUCAGAAAGACCCUCUUUCUUCCUUUCCAACUUUCCGCCAUUACAACACUAAGGAUUUGUCUGUGUACUUGGACGCGGGAUGCGGAGAUAGCCUCUCUUCUCCGGUAAAGCAGUCUAUUCAAAGCCUCCUCAAGGUGAAUAUGGAGGCGUCAUAUGGGACAGAGUGGCUUGAAGAAGAGAGGGUGAAGCGCAGGGAGAUGGUUUCUUCUGAAGCUCGUUAUAUAUUUGUGUAUGAGAUCUCAAAUGUGGAUACCAAUAUUAUGUUCAAAUUAUCACGUAAAGGAAGGAGCAAUGCAGACGGUGUGGAUGAUAAGGGUCGACUUGUGGCUUUUGUACAUCACCGCUUCACUAUCGAGGAAGAAAUUCCUGUUCUUUAUGUGUAUGAAUUACAGCUUGAGCAUCGUGUUCAGGGGAAGGGGCUGGGAAAGUUCUUAAUGGUGCUAAUUGAGCUGAUUGCUCAGAAGAACAAAAUGAGAGCCGUGAUGCUAACUGUUCAGAAGGCAAACAUGAUAGCAAUGAACUUCUAUAGGAAUAAACAAAGGUACCGGAUAUCUACCAUGUCACCCUCACAGUUGCAGAUGGGGUUACAGACAAAUUAUGAGAUUCUUUGCAAGACAUUUGACUAUGAAGCUAAAGCUGUACUAGAGGGAACUGAAGAUAAAUGAGUGCAAGGUGAUUCAGAAGCCGUCUCCAAAGCAUCUUACAAGUUUUAGCCUGUGUCUGCUUGUAGCUUGACGAUAAGGAAACCUGUGAAGAGGUAGCAUAAUGUGAAUUAUCUAAUAGAAAUUGCAGAGUGUAUGGUUGCUCAAGUAGCAUUAUGUUCUAGUUUUCUUGUUGAUCUUAGAUUGUACUUGAUUAUUAGGUCUCAAGCACUUGUCACUCAACUAUUCAGUGUAUUUGCCAGACAUGACAACUUGUACUAUUUAUUCCCCAUUAGGACCAUUACUGCCUUUA